GUGAAUAUGAUGUUGUACUGGGUCCAGCCUCUACUGAUGAUGAUAUCCGUAAAAUUAUUAAUGCGCUCAGUUUACUCAAAAACAAAUAAGAAGGAAAAGAAAAAGAAAAAAACAAGGGGGUUUGUCAUUCUGAACAUUAUAUCAUUUGCUAGCAGUGGGCAUUGUAAUCAAGCUUCAACGUUUAACUUCUCACAUCAUGGAAAGUCCACUGGCAAAGGAGAAUGUUAACAGGCUUUAACAGCAUUAAUAAGCUAUCAUGUGGAACCCCUGCUAGAAAAUGAUGAUUGUGUUCUCAGGAGCAAACUAGUCAUUCAUGUUUAGAAUCCAAAUGGAACUCAGUUGUCCUACCAGAGAGUAGGACCACAUAACCAGCUAGGCAGACCAUCAGUAAAGCUGGAUGGGGCUGAUUAAAGUAGAAUCAUUUUUGUUCACAGAUUAAACAUUAAAGUGUAUGACUUUUAAUAGAAAAAAUAUGCUCUUAAAACAUACAAGUACUUUGUAUAGUGCGGAAACUUGUUAAUGAUGUUAAUGACUAAUAUUAUCAAUAAAAUAUGCUUACAUUUGGUAGGACAAUCUAUAUCUAUGAUAUGCAAUACUGCAGUUUGGUUCUCAACCCUUAACAGGAAGUGCCCCCAAUACUGCACAUUUUGUAUGUCUCCCUAAUAUCUGACACACCAGCUUCAGGUCUUGCGGUCUCCACUAAAGAACUGAUGAGUUGAAUCAUGUGGAAUAGAUGAGAGAUAAAGAAAAUGUGCAGGGCUGAGGGGGGGUACUCCAGGACAGGUUUGAGAACCGCUUCAAUACUGCGAAUGCUGACAAUCAUUGAGGGACGCUACCACUAUGAACCACACGGGGGCGCUACAUACUAAAAUUAUGAGUUAAGUGCUAAUCAGCUCCUUGACGUCUUCUGGCAUCCUCUUGAGUGUGCUUGUGGAAGGGCCGUGAAAAGUGGGCUACAAACCUCUAAAAAGACGAGAGGUUUACUGAACUCCAAUAUUUACAUACAGUGAAAGUACACUAAGUAGUUCUCAUUCAGACUUUUCUUGGGGACCCCCAUUUAUUAGGCUUGCACAGCUGUCGUGUGUAAUCAGAGAGCCUGUAGCAGGUAGGUGCCGUGAAGGUGGAGGAGGGCAGGCGACCGCUUGUUUUACAGGAUGACUGCCUCCUAUUUUCAGCAGUUCAGCGACGGAACUUGAAGGGAGAAGAACCUGUUGCAACAAUAUAUGACGGGACAACGGACUUAAACUUCGUCUGCCAGGAAAAAGGUGAAGAAGACGGAUUUUCAGCUUUAUCACAAUGUUUGUUUAUGGACUAUUCGCUCUUUUUUAUGUUUUCAUAACACUUGGAAAAUUAAUUGGAGCGGACCCGGCUGACUUUUCAUGACAAAUCCGCUACUACUAUCUAAGGAGCGCGUGCACAAUGGAACUCUUCUUUCGAAAGAAAAAGAAUCUAAGAACCGCGGUCAGCCUGACUUUGGUUUUUGCCACUAUACUGAUGCUUAAUAAGUUAAUAAGGGUGGACACGAAUUUUAAAGAUACCAAAGUCGACGUGAAACGCAAAUGGUGUGGCCCCACAUGUAAAAGCAUAAAGGCCGUUGAAAUUUCAUCUCAAUCACGCGUGAAUGGCUUGGCGCCGGUGGGGAAACCAAUUCCAAAAAAAUGGGACGUGAAUAGUAUAGAAUGCCAUGAAAAUUCCACGAUGAAGACCGAAGCCUGGUUUCGUCGCUUGAACCCGAGGUUCCACGAAUUUGUCCUGCACAGACAUUGCAGAUACUUCCCAAUGUUGCUGAAUCACCCGGAGAAGUGUAGCGGUGACGUGGAUGUUCUGCUCGUGGUCAAAUCGGUUAUUGAAGAACAUGACCGGCGGGAAGCCGUGCGGCAGACGUGGGGAAAAGAGCAAGAAAUCCAGGGCUUGAAAAUCAAAACACUAUUUCUUUUAGGCACUCCAGCCACUGGCAAAGACACACGAAAUUUACAAGCCCUGGUCCAAUAUGAAGACCGAACCUACGGGGACAUCUUACAGUGGGACUUUUUGGACACUUUCUUCAACCUUACCUUGAAGGAGGUGAACUUUCUGAGAUGGUUCAACAUCUACUGCAGUGGAGUUCCCUUCGUCUUCAAAGGGGACGAUGACGUUUUUGUCCAUACCAAGAACUUAGUGGAACUAAUUGGCUUUCGGGUGGAGGAGAACAAAGUGGAAAACCUCAUUGUAGGAGACACGAUUUUAGGAGCCAAACCGAUCAGAAACCGCCAGAGUAAAUAUUUCAUUCCCAAAGAGUUGUAUGAUAAACGCUAUCCACCUUAUUUGGGUGGGGGAGGAUUUCUCAUGUCCUCUCAGGUGGCCCGCAGGCUCUUCGCGGUUUCUGAGAGCGUGGAGCUUUACCCCAUUGACGAUGUGUUUUUGGGCAUGUGUCUUCAGAGGCUGAAGAUCGUCCCCGAACUGCACCUGGCCUUCAGGACAUUUGGGAUCAUUAAGCGUAAAGUGACUCGUCUGAACCGGGAGCCGUGCUUCUUUCGCAACCUCAUCGUGGUCCACAAACUCUUUCCGCGGGAGCUGCUGCAAAUGUGGACGCUUGUUCAAAACGAGGACUUGAACUGCGCCAGACAAGUCGUUAUAUGAAACGAUGCGUAUCGAUAAAGACACUGGGAAGAUAUAUUUUCAAAUGAAUUGUUUUUGUAAUUUCCAUCAUCCUUUUGUUUUUUGUAAGGAAGGCUGAUUUAUCAACUGCCAUAUGAAGGCUAAUAAAUCACAAGUCUUUCAGUUAUAGUCUUAUAAUGCAGGGGACAAAUGCAUCCCAAAUCGAUCCAUUUUGUCUAUUAUAUAAGCCUGCCCGGGGCGAGCUGGUGCAAUGAUUCCUCCAGUGAGGCAUUAGGGCUAUAUUUUAAACACAUACCUUAAAGACUUGCCAAAAAAUGUGAAACCCACUGAAAAAUGAAUAAAUAAAUGGGAAAAGAUAUAUUUUGCAGAUUAAGGUGGACCUCUCUCACAACAUGCCCAAAU